GGAGACAAUUUUACCCCUGGUUUACUGAACAUUUGAAAUUGGAGUUUGUAUACAAAAAUACUGCUGUGAGAUGAUUAUUUGUAGUGCUUUCUAAAACAGAGCUUACAGUAAGGUACAGUAAAGAUGACGACACGGACACGCUACAAACUGAGGCUACAGUUGCAGCCAGUUAAUGAACAUGGAAAGGAUGAGGAUAUCGCUACUGGUAGUACAAAAAGAAAAACCUGGCGGGAUAAACUUAAGAAAAACCCACAAGAAUAUGAGUUCCAGAAGCUGUCAGACAAACUAUACUCAAUGAAUUAUCGACAAAAUAUGAGCAAAAAGAAAAAAGCAGACUACAGAGAGAAAACCAGGCUUAGAAUGCAGAAGUAUCGAGAGAAAAAGAAAGCAAGCAAAGAAAAUCAAGCAAAGACUGAAACGAAAAAAAAUAAAGGAAAACUACCAAUGCCAAGGUCACAGAAAGCAACCGAUGAAAGAAGGAAAGAAAAGGAAAGGUUGAAGAAGCGAGCAUUAAGGAAACGUCCUGGCUACAAAGAAAGAGAAAAUGCAAUUAGAAGAGAAAAGAGAAGAAACGAGCGACAAGAACUACUGGAGUUCAGAAGAAUGAAAGCAGAGCAAUUAGAGAAAGAGAGGAAAGAAAGAGAAGAGGAAGAAAAGAGAAGAGAAAAAGAAGAACAAGAAAGGCUAAAGCAAAUUGAGGAGGAAAAGAGGCUGAAUGAGAUAGAACCAAUGCUGACUGAUAAAGAAAGUGAAAAGAAAAAGAAAGAGCAAGCCUGCAGAAACUUGAAGGCACUUGGAAUGGACAUAAAGGCACUUAAGAAAAGCAGAAGAAAGGCUGACCAUCCCAGAAAGCGCCUAGUCCUACAAAACAUACAUUAAGAAUUAUCGUCUUCAGCGGAAGGCCUCCGCAACUGUCAACACCACUUUUAAGUGGUGGUGACAGUUGCGGAGGCCUUAAAAAAAAUUUUUUAAAUUUAAAAAAAUUAAAAUUUCAAUUAAUUAAUUUGUUAGGAACAGAGGUGUUGAUGAUUAAUGGUUAAUGGUUUUCAAUUUUAUAAAGCGCAAAAUAUGAAGAGUCUCUAAGUGCUAAGUAACAUGCUAAGUAGCCUGAUAAUUUUUUAUCUAUAAGGUAGUUAACAGGCCCGUAUGUAGGUUGUUUAGGGACCCUGGCUGGGUCCACACGCUGAUAAGCUCUGACAAAGUACUGUGGCAUUUUGAGGCCCUAUUUAAUGGAUUUCUAUAACCCAUAAUUUGCCUUGGUUUCAAACUAUCGAUUGCGACCCAAGUUAAAGUCGCCAAAAUAGUUUACAGGUCGGCAGACGUUUAAUGUUUUAGGAGACUGGUAGCUCAGUGUCUCACUUUCUUUAAUUGGGCAUUUUUUCCAUAAAGUAAAAGUAGAUUUUUUUUCUAUCAUAUUGACCUUGAUUCUUAUGUUUGCUUCUUAUCGUUUACGCCUAAUCAAAUAUUGUUACCUGCUCUCUGACGUCUGGUGGAUCUAGGAUUUAACAAUAGGGGGUGAAUAAUGUUUGGUUUGAGUUUGGUGGGGGUGUGGGUUGACGUGGUUUUGGCAAGGGCACAGAUGUGUUUUGAAACCUCAGGCCUACCAUGGUUGGGCCUGAGGUGAGCAAAUUUUAGGAAAUAGUACCUCUAGAUGGCCGGAGAUUCAUCAUCAUCACUUUACCAUAGUCAAAAUGAAGCGCCAACAAAUUUCUCAUGAUCUUUUACCAGCGAUUUUCGGAAACCAUAGAAAUCUAAUGUGUGUGAUGUACCAUAGAAAAUAAAACUUAAAAACAUUGUCUUUGAUGUACUUACUUUACUAACUUCCAAGCUGUGAGGCCGUACAUCUACCUCAGCCCCACUAUUGUUUGGGUGGAGGUGAGAAGAUUUGAGGAAAUAGUACCUCUAGAUGCCCGGAAAUGAAACUUUUAUAUAGUAAAAUACAUUAUCACAUCACGAUUAUAUAGUCAAACUCAUAAGCGGCAACAAAUGUUCCAUGAUGUCUUACCAGCGAUUUUCGGCAACCAUAGAGAUGUAAUUAAUAUAUGCGUGAUGUAGGCCUACCAUAGAAAAUGAAACUUAAAAACUUGAUCUUUAAUGUAUUUCACUAUUAAGCUUGAAAGAGCUGUGAGUUCACAUCCAAUCAUGGUGGUGCUGAGGUGAGAAAAUUUGAAGAAAUAAUACCUCUAGAGGCCCACUAAUGACACUUUUGUAUAAUAAAAUUCAUUAUCACAUCAA